AUGGCUGAGAAGUCAUUUCAUCUCUUCCCUAGGCUGCCGACAGAGCUGCGACUUGAGAUAUGGCGCUUAUGCCUCCCAUGUCGCGUAUGGGACACGGAUUGGCCGACCGAUGAAGGCAUCUAUUUUGAGGGACCUAAUGACGAUGGGUCCUAUCCCUGUCUAGUCACUCCCACGGCAAAACUGAAUGGGCUUCCACCCGUCAUCACCCGUGUUUGCCAGGAGUCACGCAACGUUGCCAAAGAAUCAGGGGGUAGCCUUACAAGAGACCACUAUAAGGAUUUGCCAAAAGAUGCUGGUUUUAUCUCUACCACGAGUCAUGACAUUGACGAUAAUUUCUGGGUAGAUACCAAGCGAGAUUCUGCCCAUCUUAAUUGGACCCCUUGUUACGAAGGAAUUUACCAAAAGAGCUUCGGGAGUGCAUUGGCCUCUAUUGCGUGGAAAAGUCGCCUGGUAGUCGGUCGUCCCUCGAUUAUGAUCGACUGGGUUAACAUGAUGAUCAACCAGAAAGAAGAGAGGUUUGAUGUGCUCGAACAGAUACCCAGCUGGUGGGUUAUUAUGCGUAUUGUUAUUAUACAUGCUAGCUUCCGAGAAGCCGCACAAACUGGUUUCUUCGGGCUGCUAGGCGACGCAUCUGUGCAAAUUGUCUCCCUAUCUGAAGAGGGAAAAGCCAAUGCGCUGUACGGCUUUGCCGAUAAAUGCGAUCGCAAGGCUUCUUUUGUUGAGAGGAUUCAAAGGGACUCCUCGGAAUCAUUGAAGCAGGAGCUGAAAGACGACUUUGUGACGAACAGGAUAUCUGAAAAGCUAUCGUCGAAAAUGCAUCCAGCCAUCAUGUUUCGCCUUUGCACAGCGAAGUGUAAUAGCUCCAAUGAGAGUUUAUCAUCUCAAUAA